AUGGAUGUGGAGAAUGCAAACUGCAAGGUGAAGGUAUCGCAGUGUGCUGACAUGGAAGUGUUACCUAUUGAGAAGCCGUUGAAGAUUGACGUCGAAAUUACUGGAUUAGAGAAAUUGAUUGAAGAACUACACAGGGUGUUCUCGCAUGACCACGUCAAUGUACAGGAUGUUCAGAAAUUGAUGGCUGGAUAUAAGUCUGAUCCUAAAGAUUGGAGCAAAUUCGCUAAAUUCGACCGUUUUAGAUACACAAGAAACCUGGUGGACGCUGGUAACGGAGCCUUCAACAUCAUGAUCCUGUGCUGGGGACCUGGACACGCAUCAGCUAUCCACGACCACGCUGACUCUCAUUGUUUUAUGAAGCUCCUUAGUGGGAGUUUGGAUGAAGUUAGAUACGAAUGGCCUGAAAACAUACAGCCGGAAGUUAUGAAGGUUUUAAACAGCAAUAAACCACGGAGAAAAUGUUGUUCAGAGAGCCAAGACCUACCUGACAGUGUAUCGGAACUGAAGAUCAAUGACAGCUGUCACAUUGACAGCUGUCAGAACAAGGGUGACAGAUGUCAAGAGGAGGGUGACAGGUGUCAAACGAAGAGUGAAAGCUAUCAAGAAAGGAGGGAGGAUUAUGGUAGUGAUGAUGAUGAAGGAUAUGACGCUGAGGAUAUGAAGGUCAGAGGAAGGUCGAGAAUGGAGAUCAAUGAUGUUUGUUAUAUUAAUGAUGCCCUAGGUCUCCAUAGAGUUGAAAACCCGUCCCACGUCGAUGGAGCUGUGUCGUUACAUCUCUACUGUCCUCCUUUUGACAGCUGUCGUGUGUUCGACGCUAGGACCGGCAAACCAACUCAAGUUAAAGUCACCUUCUGGUCCAUGUACGGCAAGAAGAUUAAGAGAGUGAUAGAAGCCAAUGACGCAGCUGACAGCCAGUGA